AUGCCGGAAUCUAGAGGUAGCGGCACCCCUGCCGCAAGGGAGGAACAAGGGGGCAAGUCGAUGUUCCAGACCAUCAUCCAAGGUGUCGCCAUAUUCAUGCUCACGCAAUUCGUGGUAAAUCAAUUCUUUGGCUCAAAGUCACAGACUGGCGGAAGCGCCUCUGCGCCCCAGGCAAACGUCAAUUUCGAGGAACGAGCCGAUGUGGCGGCCCUCACAAACUACUCGGUGAUUCCGCAAAACAUUGCCCCGAUAUGGCCAGAGAAUAGCGUCGUCGACAUCCGAAUGUAUGUGUCUCCGAGGGACACCCUUCCUGCCUUGUCAACCGUGCCGAAGGAGACCCUCGUGCUGGACGAGAAGAGCUUUGGGAUAGGAAAUUAUGAAGAAAACCGAGAGGUGCAUACACAAAUUGCUAUACCACCCGAGGUACAACACAACGGCACCUUGUGGGCGCAUUUUUACGUCGCCCUCGCUGGUAGCGAGUUUGACCCAACAAGUCCAAAUUAUGACCCACAUAAAGCCACUCACUUCAAAAGGCCGCUGAACCAGUUCCUCCCCAAGAAAAAGGCCCGCAAGUUCAAGAACCUGCUCGAGAAGAGCGACGAGGCUGAACAAGAAGAAUCAGAACCGCAGGGGGUGCAGAUUGGAUCUUAUUACCAUCCGAACUUUACGGUCGCUGUUAUCCCGAACACAGGUGUGCAGAACUGGCGUCAAAUGCACCCGUCGCUGCGCAAGAAUAUUGUCCUUGAACCGACCGGUCAACGCGAUGCUUCUGGCCAGAAUGGAUGGUACUACCCCGUCGUCUUUCUCAACACCUUCUGGCAACUACGCAGCCACAUGACUGAACUCAACGACACCGUCAAAGAAAUGCCACUGAACAUCCAGCUGUACAACUUGGCCAGUUGGAAAUACAACCUAUUGGCUUCUAUUGACGAGGGCAUGAAACAAAACCAAGCACAAGCAGCGAGUGGCACGCCCAUGCCCGGUGGUGGCGAUGGCAGCGAAUUCGAAAAAUUCAAAGAAAUCCUGCUAGAUACCAAUGCCUACCUGUUGGGGACAACGUUCGUCGUCAGCAUCCUGCACAUGGUCUUCGAGGGUCUCGCAUUCAAGAACGACAUUUCCCACUGGCGGAAGAAGAAGGACAAUGUGGGCACCUCCGUGCGGACGAUCCUUGCGAAUGUGUUCAUGCAGACCGUCAUCUUCUUGUACCUUGUGGACAAUUCUGAGAAUACUUCAUGGAUGAUACUCGCAUCACAGGGCUUCGGCAUUGUACUGGAAGCCUGGAAAAUCACCAAGACUGUUGAUGUGCGUCUGCGCGAACCGGGUCCGGACUCCAAGUUCAAGAACGUAUUGCCUUAUGUGAUUGUGUUUGAAGACAAACACAAAUUGACCGAGAAGGAAAGGCAAACAGAAGAAUACGACCAAAUUGCCUUCCGCUACCUGUACAUCAUUGCUGUGCCACUUCUGCUGGCGUAUGCGGUCUACAGCCUCAUCUACGAAACGCACAAGUCGUGGUACAGCUUCGUGAUUGAGACGUUGGUGGGUUCGGUGUAUGCCUACGGGUUCCUCAUGAUGGUUCCUUCGCUCUAUAUCAAUUACAGAUUGAAAUCUGUCGCGCACAUGCCCAGCAAAGCUCUGACGUACAAGUUUUUGAACACCUUCAUCGACGACCUGUUUGCGUUUACGAUCAGAAUGCCGCUCCUGCAUCGUCUGGCGACUCUGAGAGAUGAUGUUAUCUUCUUCGUCUGGCUUUAUCAGAAGUACAAGUACAAGGUGGACUACUCGAGAGUGAACGAAUUCGGGCAAGGCGGCGAAGAUGAGGAGGAAGAAGGAGAGGAAGCGAAGAAGGAGGACGGCAAGACGACCAAAGCGCUUGAAGGUCAGGACAUCAAGGAGCUGAAGCCCUCAGCUCCGGUUUCGAGCGCGAGUGGAGCCCAGAGCAAUGCAGGCGCGAAGAAAAGAAAGUAG